AUGAAUAAAAUAUUAUUAAAACGACAAAUAUUAUAUAAUUUACCUAAAUAUUUUAAAAAUAAUAUACCAUAUACUAUAACAAUUAAUAAAUCAAACCAAUUCAUUAACAAUAACUGUAAAAAUAAUAAUAAUAAUUUUAGAAAAUUAAAUUUUACUACUACUACUACUACUACUACUACCGCCCCAAUAACGAAUAAUAAACCAAAAUCAAAUAUGUUAUAUUCACCAAAAGAUAGAUCAUAUGAAGAAGCAGUUAAUGCAUUAUUAACACUUCAAUCGAAUCAAACAGUUAUAAUAUCAUGGACUAAAGAAAGAAGAGAUAAUAAAGAAGAGAGUGCAAAAUUUUUAAUGGAAGAAAUGAGAAACUAUUGUAAAACAUUGAGUAUUGAUUUAGAGAGAGAGUCGAUAAUUCAUGUUGCAGGUACAAAAGGUAAAGGUAGUACAUGUGCAAUCACAGAGUCGAUUAUAAGGGAACAAGGAUUCAGCACAGGUUUAUUCACAUCACCCCAUUUGAUCAGUCCAAGAGAACGUAUUCGUAUCAAUGGUGAAAUGAUUAGUAAAGAGAUGUUUUCUCAAUACUUUUGGAACUGUUGGGAUUUGUUAAUUAAAGAUUACCAAACUCAGUUACCAAAUUUCUUUAGAUACCUUACUCUAAUGGCAUUGAAAAUAUUUCAAGACGAAGCUAUCCAAUGCACAAUCUUGGAGGUUGGUAUAGGUGGUAGAAUGGACUCGACCAAUGUUUUCCCAAAACCAAUGGUAACUGGUAUCUCUGCAUUGGGGUACGAUCAUCAAAAUCUUUUAGGUAAUACUUUAGCUGAAAUCGCAUUGGAGAAGGCUGGUAUUAUGAAAGUUGGUAUACCAAUAUUCACAGUUUCAUCACAAUUACCAGAAGCAAUCAAUGUAUUAAUUGAUCAUUCAAAUAAAGUUAAAUCACCAUUAUCAAUUGUACCAUCAAUAGACCAAUAUACAAUUAGUAGUGGUGGUGGUAAUAAUAAUAAUAAUAAAAUUGAAUCAAUUGGAUUAAAAGGUACACAUCAAUUAGAGAAUGCAUCAUUGGCGAUAGCUUUAGCAAAUUGUUGGUUUAAGAAACAAACUUUUAAAGAUGUUAAUGAAAUUUUCAAUAGUGAAAAUCAUAAACAAUAUAAUUAUGAAACUAAUAAUUAUAAUGUCACUCAAUUUACACCAUUAUUGAAAUCCAUUGAAUUAGGUUUAAAGAAUUGUGAAUGGGCUGGUCGUGCUCAACAUUUUACAAAUCCAUCACAUUUUCCAAAUAUGGAUUUCUAUUUAGAUGGUGCUCAUACUGUUGAAAGUUCAAUUGUAAUGUUAAAUUGGUGGAAAUCAAUAGUAAAUACUACUACUACUACUACUACUACUACUACUACUACUACUACUAAUAAUAAUGAUGAUGAUACAAUUCAUAUUUUAAUAUUCAAUAGUACAGGUGGUAGAAAUCCAACAAGUUUCUUAACACCAAUCAUCCAAUCAAUUGAUAAUAAAGAAAUUCCAAUCUUUAAUAAAUCUAUAAUUCCAAAUAUUAUCAUUGAAAAACCAAUUGAUAAAAAAUAUUAUAUUAAUGAAAUAAUUCAAUCAAAUCAAUCUUCAACAGCAACAACAACACCAAUUCCUGAUAAUGCCGCUGUGAAACAAACAACAGAAAUAAAAGAAUCAUCAACAUGGGAAGAUUUCGUUGUAGAAUGUUAUGAUAAAUUAUCAAAAAAAUCUCAUCCAUGUAUUACAGCUGAUAGUAUUGAAUCUUCAAUUGAAAUUGCUAAAGAACUAUCUGAAAAUGGUACUAAAAAUGUAAAGGUUUUAAUCACUGGUUCUUUAUAUUUAGUUGGUGGUGUUUUAAAAGUUUUAUUAAAAGAAAAAUCUUUUAAUUAA